GACUUACUCUCAGUUCAUAAUGAAAUUUCUUUAAUCUUUAAAAUUAAAAAAAGGUGAAUUAAAGCAUAAAUGGACCAAGAUGAUUAUUGGAAUGUGUCACACUCGAAGUCUUUUUGUUUCGAUGAUUUGGAUGAAAUUGAGGAACAGACAGAUGAUAAUAUAUCGGAAAUAUCAACACAAUCAUCAAUUUCAUUAGGAGCUAUAAUUAAUGAAAAUGACUUACAAGUGAUAUUGGAUGAGGAGAUUCAUAAUUCAGAUUCUGUGAUCCCAAAAGGCUUAACACUUGAGGAAGAAGUCAAGUUUCUUAGAAGAAAAAUUAAUGAAUUUUACUUAACUAAUCAUCCAGAAGCUACAAUUAAUAAAAUAUUACUUAACAAUGCCUGCUCACUCGAAUGUUAUAAAAGUCUAAUAGAGAAGGAGGAGCUUUUAGAUGCAGCCAUAAGAUCAGGCAAUGGAGAUGCAAUUUUAAAAGUAAUAUUUCACCUUAAAAAUACUCUAAAACCAGCAAUAUUCUUAAAGAUUAUAGCAUCAAGAUUAGAAGCCGUUGAACAUUAUAUUAAUUAUCUUAAGACUACCAUGAAAAUAGGAGAAGCAACAGACAUUCUUACAAUGCUUGAUAGACGAGAAGAAGCUGCAUUACUUCAAUUUAGUGCUAUUGUACAGUCAAAGAAUGCAAUCCAGAAAUUAGAAAACCUUAAAAAGACACAAGAGCUUUUCACGAAUCCAUUUCUCAUUAAUCAAGUGCAAUCAUAUAUUAAUCUAUUAGAAUUACAAAUCAAUGAACGGAUGCAUUUUCAACCAUCUGAUGUGAUUGAUACAAGUGUACUUGAAACUUUAUAUGUAGCAUGUACAAAGUUCCAAAAGUUCUCAGAGCCAACUCAAUCAACGUCCAUAACAAAUCCCUUUAAGAUUGUCGAAAAAUUUAAUGUAGCACCAGCUCAAUUCGAAUGGAUAGCAUUAAAUGAACGAGCAAAGUCGCAAGCAUGGCGAGAUAUUGAGUCGUUAUUUGAGAAGAAAUCAAGCAUGUUAAAGAAAAAGACUUUUACCAUCCACAUUCCAUUAGAAAUUGUGAUACUAAAAUUACAUCAAUUAAGAGCACCACAAGCCGUACUUAAUUCAUUUUUACAUCAUGUUGAAGAUCCCGACAGACGAUUAACAUUGGCUAAGAAAGUUGGUGCUAUUCACAGCAUUGUCGAUGCACUGACAAUCUUAAAAGAUAAAAGAUCACUAGAAGAAUUUAAGGAAUCACUUCCGAGUAUGACGGCUGAAUAUUUUUACACAGAAAAAGCCAUAACAUCAAUAACUAGCGCAAAGUCACUCCUGAACCUCGGAAAAAAUUCUAGCUUCACGAACUGAUGGACCUUUGAAUAAUUUAGGGAUAUAUCAAAAGUUAAUUUUAUUUUGUCAAAUUUUAUUGGUGACUGUUGAAUCUCUU